AUGUCUGUCGUUCCGCGUCUUAUGACGCUCGCAGACCUCAGUGGUCCUCAAAUCAAUCGACUUGUUAACCAUGCUCAUCACUUGAAGCAUCUGUCUCUACCUUGGUUGGCCCCACAACAGGCGACCAAGAAAAAGAACAAUCUUCGUAUGCCCUCUCAGUCCCUGUUCAACAAGUCUAUUGCUCUUCUCUUUUCAAAACGCAGCACGCGCACUCGUAUGGCGGCAGAGACCGCUGCAGUUCUUUUGGGUGGACGUGCCCUUUUCCUGGUCAUCGGUGGUAUGUGCGAAGGUAUAUUCGCACGCGUCGGUGCUCACGAAGAGAUCGAGGAACUUGCGAGGUAUUCACCAGUACCUGUGCUCAAUGCUUUAUCGUCCUUUUGGCAUCCAACGCAAGUUCUUGCAGAUCUCUUGACACUCCAUGAGCAUGCUCACCUCUUCUCGCCCGAUACACCAGCCCCCUCUCCUACAAAGCCUCUUCCUCCCUUGCGACCACUCACGAUUGCAUAUGUCGGUGACUCUGCAAACGUCCUCCACGACAUGCUCGUGACCUACCCCCGUCUGGGUCACAAGGUUCGCGUCGCAACCCCUCCACAACCUCAAUACAACCCUCCCGAGCCUGUCUGGGACCGUGUCGUAGAGCUUGGGUGUGACAAGCACAUUGUCUGGAGUAACGACCCCCGGGAAGCUGUAAAAGGUGCCGAUGUCGUAGUCACCGAUACUUGGAUUUCAAUGGGCCAGGAAGCUGAGAAGGCUCAGCGUUUAACGGACUUUGCUGGCUAUCAGAUUACAGAAAGUCUCUGUCGCGAAGGUGGUGCAAAUCCAGACUGGAAGUUCCUCCACUGCCUCCCACGAAAGCAGGAUGAAGUAGACGAUGAGGUGUUUUAUAGCUCUCGAUCUCUUGUUUUCCCAGAAGCGGACAACCGGAAGUGGACCAUCAUGGCCGCGUUUGAUCUUCUGUUCGGCAAGUGGGAUAUUACGGGGGAGAAGACCUUGAAAGGUGGUGAGUAG